GCACGACAGCACUUUCAGCAAAAAUUAAAAUUGAUAGUGCCGCACAAGUUGAAAUAAUUUCUCGAAAGCGAUUUGGGUAAUUUCAUGUGCAUUUACCAUUGCAAUUUUUAUUUUCUAAAGUGAUUUAUGCAAAUUGGCAAAAAGUGCUUACAUUGCCACGUUUAACUUCACUUUAACGUGUGGGUGUGGAGUUCUUACCAUACAACCCUGCGUGUUAUGUGCACAUGUUUUUCAAAAGCCUGCAUUGGCAAUACUAAUUCGUUUCAUUUUCAAUGUAUUUCAAAAUUUGCAAAUCUGCCUUUUGUUCGCUGUUUGGCCGUUCCGUACUUGUGGGAAUAUGUGUGUAUUGAAACGGGGCGAAAGUUAAACGGCGACUGACUUAUUUAAUGAUAUGUCAAAAAAUUUUAUUCACUUAAUUUGUGGCAGAAAUAAAUAAAAUAUUUCACUUGAAAAUCGCGUGGAAUUGUUGUCGAAGUGAACAGAAAUAAAAAUAUAAUAAAACGAUAGAUAUUUGGUGUUGUAAAUCUAUGCGAAAAAAACGUAUGGGCAAAUUGAUUGAAAUCUGAAUUGGUGAAGUGAAAAAAAUUGGUAGCCAGCUACAUCACAGCAAGGCUAUGUAGAGAAGAAAAAAGAAAUUUUGCAAGAAAGAAAAAUGAAAAUACUUAUAGGGUUACUGCUCAAUAUUUGAUCGCAUUCGACUUUUUGCAUUGCGUGCUUUUGGCUAAAGUGCAUUUUGUGGAAAAAUGAACAAAAAUAAAAAUAAUAAUUAGUUAAAGUAACAUGAAUAGAAGAAAAAUUGGAAGCAACGCACUACGUCGAAAAUCUGCAAUACGUUGACGAGAAAAAGGAACACGACGAAAGAGACUACGUAGGGAAAAUACGAUAAAAGUAGGAAAAAGCGAUAAAUUGAAAGGAAAGGCCGAAAGAAGAGAGAAGGCGAUUGAAUAAAAGAGAAGUAGAAUUAAGUCACUCAGUCGACGCAGUAAAAACGCGUGCGUUUGCGCUGGCAGCGUUUUGACUGCCAUAGCACCGGCAGAGGCGUUGUACGGCGACGUCUACAAUAAAUUUCAAUAGAUCAAGCGGAAAAGGUUAAAGUAAGAAAUAAGAGGAAACGGAAGACGGAAAACUUGCACACCGAUAGCACGACGAAGGCGGUGGCUGUCAAUUGUCAAACUCGGCGAUGAAUUGAAGCCGAGUUUCAAAAGCGGCAAUUAUAAUUAAUUUAAAUAAAAAAUACAACGAGUUGUUUUGAAUGGGAAUAUAAACAAUAUAGUGAAUAUAUCUAAAUUUUUAAAUAAAAAGCGCGCACUUAUACGUACGUUUAGUGCGUAAGUGCGUGCGUAUAUAAGGUCAACAGUCAACAGGCAGCAACGGUAAAGCCAAUACGAAAAAGUGUUAGCCGAUCUGAAGUUUCCAAGUAUCGCACAAAAUGGAAUACCUAUGGGCAGGCGGUUAUGUCUAUAUGAAUGGGGAUGCAGUGAAGUUACAACCACCUGUUGCAAACGCACUAUACGCUCACGUACCCGUUGAAACGGCAAUGCUUGCCACAACAAAUCUGUACGGACCGACAACACAAUUGGCAGCUCCAGCAGCAACACACAUCCCAUUGAUAGCGACCACAGCUCAACAACCGCCGCAUCCUCAAGCGUUGCAAGUGGCCGCCCCACCACCACCUUCACAACAUCAACAUCAACACCAGCACCAACAGUUGAUACCACAUAGUCAUCCACACGCGCAUACACAUACACAUAGUGCAGCUGUCGCCGCUGCUGCAGCCGCUGCCGCAGUAGCUCCACAUACACAGCAAACACCCACUGCUGCUGCCACAUUACAAACGGUGCCAACUGCCGCGCAUCAAACCGCACACUUACAAUACGCUCAUCAGCCACAAGCGGUGGCUCAAGUUGCUACUGGGGGCACCACGGUCACAACGAUUGAUAGCGCCGAGUACGCAGCCGCCGUAAUGAAUGGCACAAUUGCACAGGACGGCAGUGCCGUCUGCUAUGGCCAGCAGGAUGAAUUGACCGCUGGUAUGACGACAGGAACGAAUUUAAUAGCUGUUGAUGCAUCAAUGACGGGAACGCCCACAUCAGUGGGAGCUCAUCAAUCGCACACGCAACAUCAUGUGGUUGUAGGUAAUGGCCCACAUCAGCACCAACAGGUGGUAGCACAACAGCAUCAUCAAACACAUUCACAACAUCAACAACAACAACAACAAACGAUUAUAACCGGUAGCAAUUCGGCAAAUACAGUUGACAGUUCUGGCAUACCGCUGGAACAGCUUAAACAGAUGCUCUCAACCCAAUUGGAAUACUAUUUUUCUAGAGAAAAUUUAGCAAACGAUACAUACCUUUUGACACAAAUGGACGCCGACCAAUAUGUUCCCAUAAUCACUGUGGCCAAUUUCAAUCUUGUCAAGAAGCUCACAAAGGAUAUUAAACUGAUUACUGAAGUGCUAAGAGAAUCGCCAAAUGUGCAAGUAGAUGAGGAAGGAUUACGUGUUCGCCCAAAUCACAAACGUUGCGUAAUUAUACUGAGAGAAAUAUCCGAUAAAACUCCAGUGGAGGAAGUUAAGAAUAUUUUUAUUAAUGAAAAUUGUCCACGCGUAAUAUCAUGCGAAUUUGCGGGCAAUAAUUCAUGGUACAUUACGUUUGAGUCUGAUGAAGAUGCCCAAAAGGCUUUCAAGUACUUGAGGGAAGACGUUAAAGAGUUCCAGGGUAAACCCAUUAUGGCUAGAAUGAAGGCGAAACCUUUCAUUAACCGGCUGCCAAUUGCACCGGUUCCAGCCUUAAAGAAUGGCUUCCGUCUGACCUCUCCCCCAGCUGCGGUGUAUGAUCCGAACGCUGCAGCAACUGCAGUUGCAUACAGCGCAGCACCACAACGAUUUGUAUACGCAGCUAAUGGAGCAGCAAUGACGCAGGCGUCUGUACCUUAUAAUACGCCAGUACAUCUUUUUCCAUUCCAGCAGCAGCAGUUUUACCCAAGUCUUGUCGCCACUACACCAUGGCCACCGGCGGCUGCUGCCGCUGUAGCAGCAGCCGCUACCACAGCACACGGUCAAAAUUUUUAUGAGAUAGGAAAUGUGUUCGCCGCUAAUGGCUUAGCACCGCAAGCGACUGUGCCAGCCGCUUAUGCGACAUCUGCGCCCCCGCAAACCGCUGCUCCAUUGACAACCACUUCAAAGGGACAAAGCGGUGGUGGACGCUACAACAGCCAUCGUAGUAACACUAACAGCGCUGGUGGUGGUGGACGCAGCAAGUUGCGUAGUAACAAUACGCAACAACAAAUGCAACAACAACAAAGUCAGCAAUUGCCUGGUAUGAUUGCAACGCUGGGCAAUGUUGUUGGCAGUUUAGUAAGCGUUGUACCAACCAUAAUUGAUCCACAUCAACAACAGCAGCAGCAGUCGCAGCAGCCACUGACACAGCAACCUCAGCUUCAAAUGCAACAGCAGCAAGCGACUUCGAGUCAAGCGCAGCAACAGCAGCAACAACAGCCACAACAAUCACAGCAGCAGCCUCAAAACACUAGUUCCACAAGACAUUACAACAGUAUGAAAAGUAGUGCAGGUGGUAUAUCAAAAUCGUCAAUGGAUAAGUCUUACGGUGGCGGUAGUAUGUCCUCGCACAUACACUACAGCACACAAACACAAACAGGCACUGCGUCGUCUCAUCAUCAUACGUCGACAAUACAGCUGCAGUCCCAACAACAGCAACAAGCGAAUGCAGUUGCUGGUGGCACACAUUUACAACAAACUCACUACCAAAUGCCUUCCUCAACAGCAGCGGUAGGGGCCGCUGCAACGGGAACAAUACAACAUUCUUCCUAUUCACAUGGUACACCGACAGUGUCGGUGCAACAGCAACAUCAUCACCAAACACACCAUCAACAGCACCAGCAGCAGCAACAACAGCAAGUGCAGCAGCAUUUGCAUGGGCAGCAUGUUGCCGAGCUGCAAGAUGAUGGUGGUGUAUUAGUUAUCGGUGCUGGCGGUGAUAUGUUGCAGCAUUCGCAACAAUCUGCACAUCCCCAUCAACAACAGCAACAGCACAAUAGAAGUAACUUGUCUAGUUCAACGUCGUCGCUGGCGACGUCGUCCUCUGUUGGAGUUGGUGUGGUGGGGAAGGAGCCGCCCAUGCAUUGGACGCAGCCGCGACAUCGACGUCGGAGACGUGACGACGACGGUAGCGUUAUGACUUACUCGCCAAACACUAGACUUGGUGGCGGCGGUGGCGGCGGAGUAAGCGGUGGGGUCAGUAUAACGACAUUUUAUACGCCUUAUAGCACUUUCGUGCACAAUGUUGUUGGGGUGGGUGGUGGAGUUGGAGUUGGUGGAAGUGACAUGGGUGUAGAAUUCGAUGUAGGCAAUGGUGGCAACAUUGGAUGCGUAGAUAAUGCGAGCGGGAAUGAAACUUCAGGAGGAGGAGGAGGAGGAGGAGCAGCAGGAGGAGUUGGCGGUGGCGAAGGCGGAGGGCAGCAUGGCGGCGGCUUGCAGUCAUUUACUAGCAACCCCACCAUCACCACCACCACCACCACCACUGUCAUCACUGCCAUCGAUAGCUACAGCACGGCGAAUUCAAGCCAUACUAUGAACUUAAAUUUAAAUGUAAUUGCAAAUCUCAAUCAGAAUCUGAGCACAAAUUCGAAUCAGAGUCCGAAUCCAAGUCCAAACCGCAAUUCGUAUGCGAAAAAUGAACUGAAUCAAAGUCAUAGCCAAAACCAACAUAAGCAUUAUGGCCAAAACCAGCACCAAAGUCAGCAGCAUAGCCAAUCAAAUCAAGCCCAAAUAAUGUCCAAUAGCUUCCACAACAGCUUCCACCACAACCAAUAUAAUAAUAAUAAAUUUAGCAAUAACAAUUCUGCCUCUUCUACUACCACCACCAAUACUACUACUAAUACUACCACUAAAACUUCUACUUCUACUAAUGCUAAUGCUACUAACAAUAAUCAUAAUAAUAAUUUUGGUACAACAACAACAUCAUCAAUAAUAACAAGCACAACAAACAAUGUGAAUACGCAAAAAGCAAAAAUAUUCAUUCAAUCCUCUACUUCGCAGCAGCAAUCGUACAUUGGUGGUAGCUCAUCGUCACAUCAUCAAUCACAGCAACAACAACAGCAACAACAACAACAAUCGUCCAACUCAGCCACAUCGCUUUCGUUAUCAAAUAAUAAUACCAAUAUACUUUCAACACAGACGAGUGGCGGCGGUGGUGCCGGUGGACACCAUAGUCAACGCGGUGAGAGUGGUCAUCAUGGUGGCGGCACUGGUGGCUAUAAUACGCAUCGUGAAGAACAUCGAGGUGGCUACAAAGGCAACAAUUACAAUCCGCACUACAAUAGUGGUGGUGGCAUGGGUCACCACUCGCAGCAUUCGGGCGCAUCACAUCAUCACCAUCAUAGUGGCGGCGGUACAACACAACCGCAUCAUCACCAUCAUUCGGCUUCGCACCACACAGGCUCAACGCAUCAUUACCAUCAUCAUCGCCACGAAGUGGGCGGUGGUGGUGGUAGUGGUGGAGGUGGGUUAAGUGGUGGUGGAUCAAGUGGUGGACAUGGCAUAAGCGACCGCAGCAAUGAUCGCAGUGGAGGCCACGGACAUCACGGUCAGCAACAGCAACAGCAGCAUGCGCCGCCGCCACAACCACCACAAUUCGAUCUAGAAGCGGCUGCUUUUCCGCCACUGCCAGCAACCUCAUCGUCCACAGCAUCUUCUUCGUUAGCGUCCUCUGGUGCGAUUCCGACAAACAGUAGUGGCAAUAAUAGCAACAGCGCUGCGUCUUCUGGCAACAAGCAAACUGCCAAUUUGACACCACACCACCAACAGUCGCAGCAGCAGCAGUCUUUUAGUAGCAGCGGCACCGGCGGCGGCGGCGGCGGCAAUGAUGGUAGUGUAAGUGGAAAUAAUGAUGUGCAGCUGCAAAAGACAAGCUCCGGCUAUUUGCAGCAGCAGCAACAACUACAACAACCUAAUCAGUGCUCAAGCCAUUCUAAUGCCUUACAGCAAUCUAAUAGUUCCUCGACGACGGUAACUGGCGUAACAGCAAAUGCCGGUGGUGGCGGCGGCGGCGGCGGCAGCAGCAGCAGUGGCAGUAACCACCACAGCACCAGCAUUAGCGCCAGCGCUGGCUGGACCAAUGAAAAUCGUUUGGCAGAUGUGGUGCGCUCUGGUGGUGGCGGUGCUAGUGUCACUGGUGGCAAUAAUAAGAGCAAGUCCCGCAAAGAUUCCGCCCAUAAUAAUAAACAGCAACUAAAUUUUCAGCCGCGUAAUGUAGGUAUUAAUGUGGCCGGUAUUGCUGGUUCAAGUCCCACCUCAACAGCGUCCAUAAACAAUAUGAAUAACACCACUACUACCACAGAAGGUGCUUACGCUGUAGAUGAACAAAAUACUGCAGCCGCAAUGAAGUCGAACAACAAUAAGUCUGCGACGAUGAAUAAGCAAAAUUCGAAUUCGAAUAACAACUACACCACCUCUGCCUCCUCAUCCAACAACACUGUGAUAAAGUGUCCAACACAACCCAAUAACAACAAAAACAACAACGCCUAUAGUCUGAUUGGCAGUAACGCGUCAUACGACAGUAAUACUGUCUCUGGUGAGAAACCAACCAACAAGACUGAGGAACUGUUUGCGUCAACACAAGAAGUAGGAUGUAAGCAACAACAGCAUGCUACCAGCGACAACGAACAGCAUCAUCAAAUUAAUCACCGAAGCAGCGGCAACAGCAGUGGCAGCGUAAGCCAAAUUUCUUCAGUUGGUUUGAUGAAAAACACUAACACUGUGUUAUCAACGACAUUGUCUACAGCUGGUGCACUAAGUAGUGGCAGCAGCGGCGCCGCCAAUAACAGUGGUACACCGGCCGUAACAUGCAGCGUGGCCACAAUGACCACAAAUUUCGCCGAAUGUAGUCUAAGCAAUCACAAGAAACCGCCAGCAGUUGCUGAUUUACUCGCCAAAAAGGCGACGCCAAAAGAUGCUACUAAGCAUAAGAAUGCUUCAACAUCUACGAAUUCAGCUUCCAUAGAAAAUAUUGUCGCAGCGCAGACCGUCAUACCAAUGGUAAAUGCUGCUGCUGCUGCUGCUGCGGCGGCGAAUAGCAACAGCUCACGAUUGAGCUAUGCGCAAGUCGCUCAACAUCACAAGGAACGCGCCGUCGUCGAAGGCGGCAACAACAAAGAGACAUCGGUUUCAGGUCAAGCAUCACCAGUGGCUGUGCCCAAUAAAAACGAAUCUUCGGUGGCAACCUUGAGUAUAAACAAAAUUGAGACUGUGAAUAGUAAUAUCGCUGCGUCUGGACCAGUCAGUACAGCUGGUGUGGUAGCGGUGGCGGCGGCGGCAUCUGCGCCAGCGACAGCGCUGCCUGCAACAGCGAUUGCAGCUGCAUCGCAAUAUGCUGAAAAACAAAGCGAUAAGUCGAUUAGCGGCUCUCCAUCAGCAGCAACCGCAUCAGUGCUGAUGGAUAAGCAAUCGCGUGGCAUAACGAAUGUAUUAAGUCAAUCGAUGUUAAGUGGAGCCACCAUAGUUGGCGCUGGUGGAAAUGUUGGCGCCAGUAGUGGUGGCGGCAAUAAUUCCGGUGCUGUGAACGAUAGUGGGAGUAAUGUAGUUACAUUACGCACUGAUAUUUCCAAAGAUAAAGAUGGUUUUCGUGAAAAUCGUCAAAGCACAGGCAGUAACAAUAGCGGUAGCAGUGGAUUUAGUAGUAGUGGUGCAGUCAGUAACAGUGGUAUAACUACAACGGCUGUUACAACGGGUGCACGCAAUCGCGGCAUCGACGGCAAAGAAAAGAAUGUGCGCGAACGACACGAUACUGCCGAAAGUAGCAGUAGUGGACGGAAGUCUGGCCGAAAUUAAUCGUCAGUUAGGUUGCGAUCGAAAUAAACGGAGAUAAUUUGCUUAGAAACAGCAUUUCACACGAAAACAUAACACACAGCAUAGCUUACACACACACACGAUACUCACUUAAAACAAAAUAUAAGACUACACAAGUAGAACAUAAGUAGAUGAUGCACGCUAAAGGACUUAUUGGGAAAUUGGAGCAAAAGAAAAGAAGCACAUGGUGUGUGUGUGUGCGUGUGCUGCAAUAACUAUGCGCGCAGAAACGAAUGGUAUAACCAAUUCAAGCAUUGUGCUGCUCUGCUGCGGUAUAAAAGAAUUUAAAUAUAAGAAUUAAAAAAUUCAAAUAUAUAUCCAUAAGUGGUGUUGACCAAAAACCAACGAAAAAACCGAACGUAGCAUGUGCCAAGCAAGUGCCAGUAGUUUUUGUGUGUGUAGCGAACGUAGCGCUAACCUUUAUAUAUGCACACAAGGCGACGUUCGCCGCGCCAAUAUGAAUUGUGAAAGUUGUCAAAGCUGCUUAAUUGUUGGAUUCCAUUUGGUGGGUUUGCUCUCAAUUAUCGUACUAUGACUACUACAUCUACCAUUAAUGCAUACUACUACUACUACUACUACUACUACGGCUGCUGCUUUAAGUGGAUUCACUUGAACACACUGCUAUAAUAACCACAAUGUAAUUAAGCGCGUGUGCAUAGUUAUACAUAGUUACAAAUAGUUAGUACGGCUAUAUAGAAAUACGAAAAUUACGAACGUAAGCUACUUCGAAAUACUACAAUCCGCAAGAUUUACUGCUGCAGCAAAUCUACUAAUCUACUACAUACAGUUAGUUUGUAUGAUAUUUUUUCGCAAAAAAAAACUGCAAUAAGGAUACAAAAAACAAAUGUUGUAGAACAACAAUAAACAGAAAUAUGCUGUUUUGGUUAUAGAAAGACGACCCGUAUACAAUACGCGGGGAAUGUAUAUAUAAAAAGGACCAGUCAGAAAUUAUUCUUAUUACUACUAUUGAUAAAAUAUUUAUACAUACAUACAUAUGUAUACAUACAUAAAAUAUAUAUAUGUAUCACAACCUAUCCUUAGUUUUUAAGCAAUUGAUAAACGAAAUGUCAAAAUGUUAAAAAGGCAAAACAAAACGUGAGACCAGCACGACGCUUUGCAAAGUGCAUAAUUGUUGUAUAUAGAGAAAUUAACUUUGUCAAUAAUAAUAAUAAUAAUAAUUAAAAUAUUAUUGUUCACAUACAAAUACAUAUGUAUGUACAUAUGUAGACCAUUUAUACGUAAUGUACAUAUACAUACAUAUGUACAUGUAAGUAUACAUUGUCUACAUAUUGAUCAUUAAUAAUUAUAACUAAAGACGUUAUUGGAUCUACAUAUAUAUAUAUAGAUAUAUGAGUGAUGCAAACACACAACACACACACACUACAAGCAACUAUGUAGGAUUUUAUAAAGAGUUAUACACAGUGUUACAUAUUAAAUGGGAGCGACAAAAAAGAAACCACAAAAACGAUAUUAUAUACAUACAUACAUACUAAAAUCGUAGUUAGGCACAUUACAGUGAAUAUUAUAAUACUACAUGCAGAAACGUUAAUAAUCACAUUGACGUAGAUACGUAUAUUGGAGUGAAAGAGUUGCCCUUUAAUUUUGUUUUUUUUAUAUGCGCGUGAGAAGAAAGUUUUAAUGUGAAUAAAAAAACGUACACAAAAUAGGGAAUAAUAUCAAAGGCCAUAAUAUACGAAGUGUGUAACGUUUGGAGUAGGAAGAGAUAUAUUAUAUUAUUUUGCCUUCGAACUCAUUGCAAAUUCGUUGUUCUAGAUCAACAAUUAAUUAAUAGAAUUAGUUUUAAAACUAUUUUGAAAACGGAAAACCAAUCUAAACCAAAAAAAAAAUUAGGAAUAGUAAAUGAACUUGAGUUAGGGAAAUUGAAUUUUUCGCUGUCGUAUAAUGAAAUCGUGAUUAGGUUUUAUUAUUUGCGACACAAAACCAACUCUAUAGCAUCCUGAAAAGGAUGAGCAAAAAUCAAAAUCGAGUUUUUUGUAUAAAAGGCUAUUUAAAAUUUCGUUAUUUUUUUUUGUAAGCAACAAACGUCGACGAUACUAAAAAUUGUCAGCGCUUGUUUUGCACAUGCAUCAGGAUUUUAUAUAUCAAUAAAACAUUUCGAUGCCUAAGCAUUUUUAUUAAAGAGAAAAUACAUGGCUGUUAAGGCUUCGUUUUACAGUAGUUAUUGAACUGGUUCACAAGGUGAUAGGGGGUAGGACUAAAUUUAAAAGCGAUUUUUUUUUUAAAGAAAUUUAUCCUUAACAGCGUUUAUUAUACUUGUAUUUACGUAUCAUAUUGUUAUUAUAUUUUUAGUUUAGCAUAACUCGUUUCGCGCCUUCCAAAUUCCAAAUGUACAUAUAUAACCGAAUUAAAGCGUAAAUAUGUAUAUAAAUAUAAUAAGAUGUUGUAGUCUUGUAGGUAAUUAAUUAUUAACAAAUUAUAACAUGAAUUCAUAAUAGAACGAAAAACUAACUAUGUAAAAAAUUAAUAAUCGAAUGUGCCAUAACAGAAUGUGCGAAUGAACGACAUAAAAAAAGAAUUGAAGCAAUUGGCUAAAAAGUAGUGAGAAAAUUGUAUGACACUUUUUAAGGAUGCUAUUUGUACUUAUUCACUUCCUUAUUGGAUGCUUCUGGACACUUCAUUCACUCAACGAUGUGGUCAAAAACUUUAUUACUUAAAAAACAUAUCUAAGCAGCUGUAUAAGAUCUUUCAAGCUCCAUAUUACUUGUAUAUGUUCAUAUAUAUAUAAAAAUUUAUUUCGCAAUAACUCUUGAACAGUGAAUUUCCUUGACGAAGAAAUUCGAAUUACUUCAAAAAUCUUCAAUUGGACACUGAAGAUACGCUAUCAAUUUCAAGCAAAAUAAAUUUUGUUUUCAUGCGAUUAAAGGCGCACUAAAUUCGCUUAACUUCAAGCAUUUGCAUACAAACGCAACCUUAGCUUAUUAAUUUAAUCAAAAAAACAAAAAAUGUAUUUUCAUUUUUCAAUUAGAUCAAAAUUUAAAUAUAAGCUGUAUUAAUAUCAAAAUCUUGGGUUACUUAAUCGGUUCUACAAAAGGGUGCCGCUUUUUUAAACAUUUCUUUGUAAAUAUUUCUCAUACAAAACUAGAAUCUAAGAAAAAACAUUUUUUUAAAGAAAUUUCAAUGCUGCGUACUUUUCAUUUAAUUUAUACAGCUAAUUGCAGUUAAGUUGUAUAUUUAAAACAACCUUGUUCUUAAAGUUUAAUUUUUUUUUGAAAUCUCAUACGAACAGCUCUUGGAUUUGGUUCGGCAGCGCGUUGCUGCAGUUGGCAUUAAAAAAAAUGUUAAUUUGAGAAGUUACGUACGUAAAAUCAUUUGAUUUCGACUUGAAAUUCAAUUAAUUUCCAUCGCUAUUUAGAUUAUUUAUAAAUUUUAUUUUUUAUUAAAUUCAUUAUAAAGCUGUUGUCGCAAUUAAGUGAGCAAAUAAAUGCAUAAAUAUAUGAAUUU